AUGUCGGCCGCCGCGCGACGCGCACAGUUGCGCAAGACUCCUCUUCUGUUGCUCGUCUGUCUAUCCGUCGCCCUCACGCUCUCUCCCCGCGCACUCGCCUUCACGCCCUCAGACGUACUCAAUUACCGCGGGCUUGUCUGGCGCCUCCUGGACCAAUGGCCGUCCUCGGCGCGUCCACGUCAGCACUCGUCUGACCUGACGGCGAUAUCGUCAUCCCCCGCUUCUCUGUUCGCGUCGGGGAACGAGACGUGGGGGGAGACUUCCGAGACGCCCAAAGAUUCGGCGAAUGCGACGUGGGAUUCCUACGAACCGCCUCAAGAUUCGGCGAAUGCUCGUACUGCAACGUGGGAGACGCAGGACGUUUCAGCGCCGAGUGGGAAGUCAACUGGGAGCGAACUCGCUGCGACGUCAUACCGUGCCGAAGCGGCUGCUGUUGGGAUGAGCCGUGGGUGGAGGAAAUGGAGGGGACACGUGGCGCGUGAGGAGAGGCCGAUGGGGCAGCGCCGGCAGAUGGCCGAUGCAUGGCUAGAUGGCCCCUGCUCCGACUACGUGAAAGCGCCCGUCAUCAACAUAUCUUCCCUCGCGGAUUUCAACAAGCGACUGGAUUACACUCCCGUUUCAACGGUCAUACUCGAGCUACAGAGAAACCUCAUUAUAAGCAAGGGGAUCCUCUUUGACAGCAAGUUCUCCUGCACGAUUCUGCGAUCCGCGAAGACCGCCGCGAACCCGUUUCAAAUCACUCACGUGGGAGCGAACGAACCAGUGCUGCGUAUAUGGAACACGAGCAACGUGCUUGUAUUGAAGGUCGAUUUCAAGCUCAGCGUUCGCUCGUCGUCCCCAACCUGCACGACUGUUCCCGAAAUUACGGCCAAGGCGCAGUGCCCGACGAUUUCCGUCAUCCGUUCGUACGGGAUUCAAAUCGCGAAGGGGAGUGUUUUCGGAAGAAUCGAUCUACACCGCUCGGCGUCGUCGCGAGUCGACUCCAUGCGUGUAACGGGGAUUCCGACCUUCAAUCAGUCGCCUGGCGUGAUUCAAGUGACCUACAGUGGCCACGGGCCUACACUCGCGAAAUCCUUCAUCGCUAUAACAAACAAUGAAGUAUAUGGCGUGAACACUCCCAUAGUGGUGCACCGUGGGUCAGUGGGCGUGAUAGUGCGGAACAACUACGUGCACGACUUCAUAUUCGCGGGCAUCCGUUGCGGCUCCGACGUGCACUUUGCGGGCGACUGCAUGCUCACGCAGAUCGACCGCAACCUCGUCGUGGCUUCUGGGAGAAACAGAUCCGGGGACCAAGAUGCAGCAGGCAUCUACUACUGCGUGCACUGGUUCAGCCCUGAUAACACAGCGGAGUGCAACUACGUGUUUAACGGGGAUCAUUGCUACUACCUUGAUUUCGUGACAUCUGGAGUGGCGAUCAAGGGAGGUGCUUGCAUAAACACUUAUGAUGGCAUCAAAGUCAACAACGGAAAAUGGUGCGUAUGUGUCCUGCUCCUCUCCUGA